AUGCGCGACCACGCCCUGAUUUACACCCACCCAAUAAGCUACUCCGACGAUACCAUCUACUCGGUGCGUCGACGGAUGGCAGCGGAAGCAGCCGGGACACCACCGCCACUGAAACAGCCCAACAACCAUAUUCCCAUGAUGAAGUACCAUUCAAAAAUGUGCGCAGACAAAAGUUACCCAUGGCAACCGCCCACCAAGAGCCGCCAUUCAUACUGCACCAUCCGUACGGACGCCCGCAACUCGCCUUUGGCCAAGAAGCAGAUUCCCUUGGUGACCCCAACCGAGUGCCCACGACAAUGCACCAAGCCCGCCAUCGCGCUCAGCGGCCACGCCCAAAGCCCCUGGCCGCCACGGCCGUCCGUGUCCUUGCUCAACCGGCUUCGCCACACUGGAGGAGCAGGCAGCAUGGAGUCGCCAUCAGCAUCGCCGACGUCCUCAGAGGGCUCAUCCAGAGACACCCGAAGUGACCACACCCUGUCUCACUCGGAGUCUUCAGCCACCAUUAGAGCGCAGGCGCUGCAUCGCCCAUCGGUACGCGUGCUGCCGCCGCCGCAAGAGACACCUUCAGCUGAAAAUGAAAGACCUGGUGCCAAGGAGGAGAAAGCAGGGCGAUUAAGCGCCGCAGCGAGAGCAGAAGUGGCGAAACAGCAGCAGAAUGGCCACCAACAAUCGGGCGCUGGCUCCGCUACCAGCGGACACAACGCCAUGUCUCACGAUACGGCAAAUAGGUCGCCGGACACCAGCAACGAGCGCACAGCAAACCUGCUGGCGCGCACGCCCAAACAGCAGCACUACGCACAGUCUCCAAGCAGCGUGUAUGGCGGCUUUGCCAACAUAAGCAGCAGCAACAUUAACAUGAACAGCAGCACAGCAGGUCAUUAUUAUACUGGCGAGAGUGACGGCAGUGUCGAUGGAAGAAGGCACAGCCCUGGUAGUCAAUCAGCAGCAGAAUAUGGCCAGCCGACUGGUGUCAGCGCUUCCGGUAUACGAGCCAAUAGACAUGUCCCGCAUUGCCGACUCAGCGGCCUGCCUAGUGGUGUCGAGUAUCCGCGUGCAACACGUCCAAUUCUGCCUGACGCGCGCAUGCUGGCACCAAUGGCGUCCCUUGCCGAGGUGUUUGGUAUAACCGGAACAAACGAGUACAACUCGCUGAGUAACCGUGAGCUGCGCUUUGCUGUGGAGAACCACAUGCUUGUUGAGCAGCAUAGGUAUUUGAUUCGGGACUUGGGCCAUGCGCGCUCGGCUAUCACUGCGCUCAAGCAAGUGGUACAGGCCAAGGAGGAGCGGCUAGAGCAUUACGACGUGGUCAAUGCUGAGCUGCAGCAGCGCGUGGCUGUUCUCGAGUCUGUUUUGACACCCGAGCAGCGCCAGCGGCUCAUGGGCAUGCCCUAUGGACUCACCUUGUUUCAGAUGUCAGCAGCAGCCUCUUUGGGGCAGGCGCCAGGCCCGCCUCUGAUGCAAAACGUGGAUCGCAGAAACGCAAACGCAUCGGCGGAGGAGCCCGACCCUCGGCGCGUCAACCGGCCCCUGUCAGGCUUUGUCACCGGAUACUCUUUCAAUGACAAGCCGCUGCAGCAUCUCCCACGCGUGUUCUCCGGCGACUACAGUUCCAAGAACGUGCAGGCGAUGGGCAACUCAGUCGAGGAGCUUGCUAAGGUCAUCACUGCCAUGCCACGCGAUGAACACUCGGUUGAAGAGAUUAUCGCGAGCAAGAUGACGGACGAAGAAAUGGAUAUCUUUGACCAGCAGUCGUCCGGCGCAAUCAGUAGCUCCGAACAUGGGAGUGACACCACCAAUGCCUCCGCAGUACAUGCUUUGGAUGGCCGCCCGUGGAAGCAGCGCAAGAGUGGCUGGCCUGUAUCCGGUGUCGAACCCAAGCGCCGCAGUCGGUUCUUUUCAGUCCUGCGUCUUUCUGGAUCCACCAGCUCUGCGGCGCCGGUGGACGAGCGCAACGACGAAAUCAAUUCUAGGCAAAGUAGACGCAGCGUCUCUCUGGGCAACAAAUCGGAUGUACUCGCCAGUAUCUACGAGCCGGCUCAGCGCGUUAACGGUGCCGCUGUGCAUGCCAAUAUGGGCUUCAAGCCUGCCGAUGACAAGCAGGAGCCACCGGCUGACUCAUGUCCGACACUGCUGGCCGGAAUUUUGCACACCAAGCAAGGCUCGGGGAACAAGCUAGCCAGGCGCCAGUUGUCUCAGGAAUCGCUCAACUCUAGUGGAUCGGCGGCUGGGCGGUACCCGCUUGGACUGGGACUUGGAGGUGAACUGAGCAGCGAGCCUUCAUCUCGCCAAGCCAGCGGCAAAAGCAGCCUGAGCAGCAGCAAUGAUACAGGCCUUGGUGGCGGCGACCAGCGCGGAAGGCUUGCAAACAGACUGAGUUUUACUCCACAGACACGGCGCUCGACAUCUGCACCCUCGCGCCCUCAUUCGAUGCAGGUGUUCAGCAGACGCUCAUGGCUGGCGCGUCUGUUUGACGGCAGCAGUUUGGAUAGACGGGGCUCUGGCGAUGCCGAUUCUGACUUGGACAAUAUCAUUGCUAAAUACGACAUGGCCGACGACGGGCUGGGUGCUGGCAAGGCGCGCCGGCGCCGCGUGGUGACGCAGUCCACGGGCGAGAUCUCACGCUUCCUGGGAAAACUCAAGCUGGAGGACGUGCCCCUGCGCAGUGCUCUUGGAGGUAACGUUGGAAGUGGCAUGCUCGAGGACGUCAUGGAUGUCAGCGGUGAGGAUGAGGAACAAGCAAACCGCCUGUCACUGUCCGUUGUGGAGAUUCGCCAGCAGACUUUGGAUGCACUGAAUGGCACGAGCCGCAAUGCAAAACAGCCGCAGAGGCUCAGUUUUGAUGACAAUGAAGAUGUGCGUCCGGCGCGCGUUUCAUCGUUGCCCACGGUGGUCGGUGGACAGCGCGUCUGGGUUGGCCCUACGACUGGAUCCUCGGCAAGCGCGCUGGGACUUGGCGUUAGCAUGUCUGCCCGCAAGAGCUCUCUAGUAGCUUUGCCAGAUCCACUGCAUAACACAAACUCUCCUUUAGUCGACACGCGUUCUGCACCUACAGCUGAUUCCGCUAAUGGAUUCACCAAUGGCUCUGCUGGCCAGGCCCGCGGCGGGCGGCCAUCAUCAUUUACCCAUUGCAGCACCACCGACCAGCAGCACCGCACUGCUAGCCCACGUGUUGAGCUUGACCCUAGCAACAAAAAAUGGGCGCCAGCGUUCUGGGCGCCAGCUCCACUUGCAUUCCACCCGACGUCGGCGGCAUUGCCGGCAAAAAACAACUGGUCGCCCGGUGAGAGCGCCGAGUCCUUCGACAACGUGUCAUCAAUCAACAGCCGGCUGAGUGGCGAUGCCCGGUACAGGUCACCGCGCGGCUCCGUUAGCGUAGUCCCGCGCGGUAGCAGUAGUCCUUGGGAAAUGGUUAAGGUGCCGGCGGACUCGCGGAUGUUUCCCCUGUCGCCAUCACACUCGCGCCCGGGCACGCCACCGUCUCACUCCUUGGGGUUCUUCGAUGAUACCAGCGUGCCUGACUCGGACGAGCUUUCGGCUGCUUCGCGCCGGUCACUGAGCCUGCACUUGGCGCAUAGUAGUUUUAGGCAAGCUGAGCCGCUGCCCGAAUCCGACGACACAGCUGAUGCGGCGCUUCCCGGCACAACUAUGGCGGCAUUGCCAGUUGACAAUGCUGCCCGCGCAGAUAAACCUCAGGACUCUGUCGUCCUUGUUAAUGGCAGUUUGCUGCGCAACGCCGAAUUGGAACGUGCGUUUGCUGAUAGUGUGCAGCCGAAGCGCCGAAGCCUGAUGUGGCAAUUUAAUGCAAAGACAACUUUGGCUGGCAAAGCCCUUAGUGGGCAGAAUUUGCAGCAUAAUGACCGCCAGCCAAUCCACAAAUCUCCCCUCGAGAGCACGGCUGAUUGUACCGAGGCUCCAUUUUAUGACGACAGCGGACAUGGAUUCAACCAGGACAUGGGCGAUGGAAAACAUGGUGCUGGCCACCCGCGGUCAACACCCAACACUAAGCGUUCGAAGAAGUGGUGGUCGUCGGUGAUCAACUAGCGCCGGAAGUUUAAAUUUUACGCUACUACUUUAACCUUUAUAUAUAUAUAUAUUUCAUAU